UUUGUGGAUUAGGCCCCGGACUGCUUACAUCGCAAGACCACCUUUUCAGGGGCCAUACACGGACCUCAGCAGGAGAGACCAGCAAUGGCGUUCCAGUCAAAUGUGAUCAGCUCGCAGCCUCAGAUCUCUGUCACACAGUACACUGUGUCAUCCGGAUUAAUGGACUGGAGUUCAAAUGUGUGCGACUGCUGUGACGACUGUGGCAUCUGUCUUUGUGCAACGUUCAUCCCUUGUAUCCUGGGCUGUAAGGUGGCUCAGGACAACGGGGACAGCUGCUGCCUGCCCUUCCUUCCAGGUGCCAUGAUUGCUUUAAGGACAAGCAUCCGCAGCAGAUAUCAAAUUGAAGGCUCGGUGUGUGACGACUGGGUCGUCAUGGCCUGCCUGCCGCUGUGUGGACUGUGUCAGAUGGCACGAGAGCAGAAGAGGAGAGGAUAACAAGAUUGAAUCU